UUCGCUCAAUAGAUUCAUUAUGUUUACCCAGUCAAUGCCUCCGCAUUUGAACCUAGCAGAAGGGUAGGCUACUGACACCGCUGUUAUAUGAUGGACAGAGAGUAGGCAAUAUUUCUUCUUAGAUAUGGGCUGCGCUGGAGGGUGGCUGCUCUGGGCUAUGUGUCUGGUGUCUACCCUUCUGGAGUAUGGUGCAGUGAGGGUGACCAUGAGAGACACCAAUCUGGAGGUGGUUCAGGGGGACUCGGUGACCCUGCCCUGCUCCUUCUUCACCAUGAGUCCCCUGUCCAGACUCAACAUCAUCUGGACCCUGGCACCCUUCUCUGACCCAGACUUCCCCACACAGGUGAUAGUGUUUGACCACGGCCAGGUGAUCGAGAACCCCUCCCUGACAGGCAGGGUGGGUUUCCCAGGCCUCCCCUGGAGUGCUGACAUCAUUCUCAACAAGACACGCAUAUCCGAUGCUGGCACAUACCGCUGCAUGGUGAGCAACCCCCCAGAGACUGGAGACCCUGGUAUAGGGGAACUGGCCCUCAACGUCCUGGCACCCCCCUCGCUGCCCCUGUGUCUGUGGGAUGGGGUCACUGAUAUGGGGGGGAGCGUUGCCCUGUCCUGCAUGGUGGCUGAGGGGGUGCCCACUCCCGAGAUGCGGUGGGAUAAAUUGGAACCAGAGGAAAUCUCACUACCCAUCAACAUGGAUGGGGACCUAUCAGGCUCUGUCCAGAUAAUCAACAUCUCGUCCCAGAACUCUGGGCUGUACCGCUGCUCUGUCACCAACCUCCUGGGCACCCAGAACUGUUACGUCAACCUGUCUAUCUACAGCCCUCCAGACAGCUCCCCAGGGAUCCUCCAGGGGGUGUUGCUGACCCUGUUCAUGGCCCUGGUGCUGCUGGCCCUGCUGGUGCUGGUGCUUUGGCUCCAUCGCUCUGGCCAGGACAGGAAGUGGACGGAGGGGAAGGAAGAGGAGUGUUAUAAUGAGAUAAGAUACACUCCCUCUCUGAUCAAACGCUCCUUUGUUUGAUCCCUCAAUCCAAGGAAGACAAACACCCGGAUGCAUUCUACAAAAAAAUAUACAACUCAUUGACAUUGUACAACUCAUUGAAUUGAACAUUUGUUUCAGAAAAUGUGAUAAGAAUGAGCAAGCAUUCCACUGGGGAAUGAAGAGAGUUACCUCACUGUAGACAUUGGUUCCCACUUCACUAUAUUUUUUUGCGUCAAGCAGUCGCACAGAAGCUAUUGAAAUAUUUCCCGCAUAGAAUACCUGAUGAAAACUGUAACUUUUUUUGGGAAUAAAUGUUUGACUGGAA